GGUGCAGUUGGCCGUCAACCGCCGCACGGUGGCCCUCCACCCGCCGCACCGAGGAGGCGGUGGCGGUGAAGAUCGUGGACAUGAAGCGCGCAGCCGAGUGCCCGGAGAACAUAAAGAAGGAAAUCUGCAUCAACAAGAUGCUCCGGUUCUACGGCCACCGGCGGGAGGGCGCCACGCAGUACCUCUUCCUGGAGUACUGCAGCGGCGGCGAGCUCUUCGACCGCAUUGAGCCGGAUAUCGGGAUGCCGGAGGCGGAGGCGCAGCGUUUCUUCCAGCAGUUGAUCGCCGGCGUG